AUGGGAGGGUUAUCUUUCUCUGGUUUUGUGUUUUUGCUGGUGUUGACAGUCUGUGGUGUUUGCGGAUUUGUCCUCGCAUUUCCUCCCGUGGUACUACUCGCAGCGGCCCGCGUUUUAUUGCAUAAAAGACCCGUUGGUCUCGUUCAUUUUUUUAAUUUCUGGUAUGACACCGUGCAGGAUAUGUGGACUGGACUUGUAUCCAUUCUCCUUGAAUGUGUGCUACAGCUGCGCCUUGCAUUCACUGUAGUCUGCGGAGCAAAAGAUACUCCACCUCGAUUAGAAGAUGUUUUUGGUCCUCCCACACAGAAGGGGAAGUUUAAAAUUAUUAUUAUGAAUCAUCGUUGCCGUAUUGACUGGUUGGUGUUAUUUCCUUUUCUUACCCGUGCUGGCGGUUCACGCACACUACGUAUUGUACUAAAAGCUGAAUUAAGUCGCGUUCCUAUUUAUGGAUGGUCCAUGCAGUUUUUCCGCUAUAUAUUUCUUUCUCGAAAGUGGGAUAAGGAUGAAGAAAGAAUGCGAGAAAUGAUUGCAUUCUACAAAUCCAGUGGUGGUGCUACUAUUUUAUUGUUUCCUGAGGGAACCGAUCUCUCCAAGAGCAAUAUUGAGAAAUCAAACGCAUACGCAGCAGAGAAAGGUCUUCCGAUAUUUCAUCAUGUGUUAAAUCCACGUUCCACUGGAUUGUUGGCCAUGAAAAAUAUGAUUGGUGUUGAGAAUAUUGAAGAGAUCGUUGAUGUGACAAUGGGAUACACAGACUUUAUACCAGGAGAAAGACCACAGGAAUUAAGUGUCAUCAAUGGACGUAUGCCGAAAAAGGUUCAUAUAUUAUGUACAAGACAUUAUAUGGAAUUAAAGCUAGAGGAACAAGAUAAGAAAGGUCAAGCUUCUCAAGAUGGACUGAGCGCUGUGCCUGCAUCUGAUAAUGAAAUGCAUGAUUGGCUUAACGACCGUUUCGCUAAAAAAGAGAUUCUACUCUCUCAAUUCUAUGCAAAUAAUCCAGUAGGGUUUGAAGCACAUCAGGCACGAAGUGUUUUUGGAGAACAGUGUAAAGUUUUUACGUACGAUCAGGAUGAAGAUGCGGCUAAACACCCUGGAAGCACAAAAUUCUCACGAUUUAUUCGAGAUAUGGGAUUAUGGCGUGGAUUCAUAGGUGUAUUGGCUUUCUGGAUUAUUCCUGUUUUAUACUGUAUAUUGUUCCCCAGCAAAUUAUUAAUGUUGUGGAGUAUCUUCUGUAUUGGAUUUUCCCAAUGGAUUGUACACGAGAAGGGUAGUCUACUGCAAUGGCUUCUUCUUCAGCCGCUUGGUGAAGAUGGGGAUCGAAAGGUUAAUAUUUCUAAAAAAGGGUCUGAGAGAAAAAAUAAGUGA